AUGGCCUCACUGGGUAGGUGAGUCAAAUAAAAAAAGGGCUAAAAUAGUUUGUUGGAGAAGGUCCAGGGUAGUGAUGGGGGAAAAAAUCGAUAGUUACAUAUUCUCUUUGACUGUAUAUCAUAUUUUUUUGGACAAUAUUGCAAUAUUAUUUUUGCGCUAGUUGGCUGUACCUGCACCAAAACUCCAGUAUUUUUCCUUCAUAGCUUGUUCUCCAAUUUCUUUUUAACUGGGAAGCCAAUUUGUUUUCAGCACUUUUUUAAUUUCCAUGACUGAUCAAAACUAAUUUUCUCUUGGCUCUCUCUUGUCCCUCUGCGGCAGACAUAUUGGGAGCAAUAUGUUUGGAACAUCGAAUCACAAUAAAAUUACAGUAUCAAAUAGCAAUACAUAUACAAUUGUGAGAAUCGCAAUACUUAUCGUAUCAGCACCUAAGUAUCAUGAUAUCGUAUCGAAAGGUCCCUGGCAAUUUCCAGCCCUAGUGCAGGAUAUAACUUUGAAGUCGGACCUUUUCAGUUUCACAAACAGUUUGAUAGUGUGCCAGGUUUGUUUCCAUGCCAACUCCAUUACUGGGUAGAGUGAAAGGAGCUGUGAACUGAAGGCUCACUCAGGGUAAUGCAAACAUGGCCGUGUGGACAUUCUGAUAAAGGACACAAAGGUCUGUGUGAAAUGCUGUACAUUCUUCAAAGCCUUUGUUUGACUUUCAACUUGGAAACAUUUGUUGUUGUUUUUACACCGUGAUAAGCAUAGUAAAUAGGAAUUGAGGUAAUUGUGCACUGUAAAAAAAAAAGUGACCGUUUGCUCUCUAAAAGACUAUUACGUAACACAUGAAUUCAGAAUACACUAACUAUUACAUCACUGUUGACAAGGGGAAUGUGUCAUUAAGUAAGCAUUGUCUGAGCCAGAAUGGCCAAUAGAGCAGGAGCCUACUGUUUGUAGUGUGAGGCAGUCUGUCAUUAUACACCACUUGAUUUGUAACAACUGACCCCGCCUCUCCUUCCCAAUGCAGCCCAGACAAGCGAGGUGAUUGGAGAGUUUGGCCGUCUGUAUGAGCAGCAGUAUGCAGUGGCCCUCUUCAACAAGGUCCGCUUUGACAUCGAGGGAGGAGGGGGGCCCCAGCCACAGCUACUGCGCCGCAAGGUAACUAACACGUCCUCCUCUCCAGUCCCGCUCUCCUAUACUCCUUUACUCCUACUGUGUCUUCCCUGAGAAGGUGAUGGAAUAAUGAAGCGCAGACAUCUGGAACUGACAUCUGGAACACUUUUCCCACAUUAUGGUGAACCUGAAAAAGCUCACCUCACACUAUAUCAAAUGAAUGGCAAUCUAAGAGUGACUCAGGACAGAUAUAAUGCUGAUUUACACUCCCAUGCUUUUAGUGUGUUCUGAAGAUUUAAGUGUGUUUAGAUCACUAGAUAGUUUAUUAUAAAUACAGUAUGAGAGUAGCCCUGAUUUGUAGGCCACUUCCACUUAAGCCAGAUGAGUCUGCUUGAGAGUUCCAUGGUACGGAGGGAAAGAUCUCAAUGUUCCUUCUAUGGUUCUAUCUCUGUGUAGCAGAUGUUAGUUAGCAGGGCUAGUGAAGAACAAGUAGCCGUGGUGUGUCGUGGUGACCUCAUCUGCAGUGAGAGAUCUCAAAUUAACCGCGCUACUGACGGAGUGAGAAGUAAGCUUGAACAACUGCUACAGUUGACAUUAGGGCGAGUAACGUCAUAGUGGUCACACCUAGUAAAUUCUUUAUUAGGAUUCUCCUGGGUGUCCAGUGUCUCUAGCCAUGGUUUAUUAUACCUUUUUUAAAGGCUGCACAGUGCCAUUCCCUUGUAAAGAGAAACAGUUACAUUCUGUCUGGUGCUACCGCUGCACUCAGAAUGCUAACUACAUGAAGUUGUGUGGAAGUGACUAAAGUCUUGGUCCGCAUCCCAAGUGCCACACUAUUCCCUAUGUAGCGCUGUUCAAAAGUAGUGCACUAUAAAAGUAAUAGGAUACACUUUUUUUUUUGGAGAAAUGCCUGCUGUUCUCUUGGGCGUAUGAUUGGGUAAACUAAACAAUACUACUCCAGUGUCUAGGCUACAGUUGAGUCAUCACUUACAGACAGUAGUAUCACACAUGGGAUUGUAGUGUAAGUAUGCCUGAUGUUUCUAAAGGAACGCAAAGGCUUUAAGUUUUAGGCCACUCCUUGGCUUUCUGGAGUAUUACAAAAUCAUGGAAUUUAUUGUUUGACGUAAAAAUAUAUGGUCCAUGAAUGUGGAUCUAUCCACACAGAAGUGAUGUCCCUUCAUGCCAGUCAUCAUUGGGAUGUGUACUGACUCACCCUGUCUGUCCCACUCAGGCCCCGCUGGAGAAUAGGUCCAUCUUCUCUGGAGCUCUGUUCCAGUUUCUGGAGGAGAACAAGAAAUGGAGAAACCGUUUCCUCUUCGUUCCUGACUCCUACAACAUCAACUACUAUGACAACAAAGCGGUAAGGGAGAAUUUCAUUCAAAUGUCCCACGCUUACCCACACAUACAGUACCAGUCAAAAGUUUGGACACACCUACUCAUUCAAGGGUUUUUAGAAUAAUAGUGAAGACAUCAAAACUAUGAAAUAACACAUAUGGAAUCAUGUAGUAACCAAAAAAGUGUUAAACAAAUCAAAAUAUAUUUGAGAUUAUUCUAAGUAGCCACCCUUUGCCUUGAUGACAGCUUUGCACACUCUUGGCAUUCUCUCAACCAGCUUCAUGAGGUAGUCACAUGGAAUCCAUUUCAAUUAACAGGUGUGCCUUGUUAAUUUGUGGAAUUUCUUUCUUUCCUUAAUGCGUUUGAGCCAAUCAGUUGUGUUGUGACAAGAUAUGGGUGGUAUACAGAAGAUAGCCCUAUUUGGUAAAAGACCAAGUCCAUAUUAUGGCAAGAACAGCUCAAAAAGCAAAGAGAAACAACAGUCCAUCAUUACUUUAAGACAUGAAGGUCAGUCAAUCUGGAAAAUGUCAAGAACUUUGCAAGUUUCUUCAAGUGCAGUUGCAAAAACCAUCAAGCGCUAUGAUGAAACUGGCUCUCAUGAGGACUGCCACAGGAAAGGAAGACCCAGAGUUACCUCUACUACAGAGGAUAAGUUCAGUAGAGUUACCAGCCUCAGAAAUUGCAGCCCAAAUCAAUGCUUCACAGAAUUCAAGUAACAGACACAUCUCAACAUCAACUGUUCAGAGGAGACUGCGUGAAUCAGGCCUUCAUGGUCGAAUUGCUGCAAAUAAACCACUACUAAAGGACACCAAUAAGAAGAAGAGACUUGCUUGGGCCAAGAAACACACGCAAUGGACAUUAGACUGGUGGAAAUCUGUCCUUUUGAUCUGAUGAGUCCAAAUUUGAGAUUUUUGGUUCCAAAAAUAUAUAUAUACACACACACACACCUUAGCUCAGUUGCAUUAUGAUGGUGUAUUUUGUUUCAAUAUUAGUGAAUUAGCUAAUAAAAGGCUACUAUAUCUGCUAGUAUCAUUCUCUUAAAUCUACCAUGUCCUUGUGUUCCCGUCCAGUCUCAUGAGAGAGGGCUGCAUCCCAAGGGAACCAUCAACUGUGCCGGAUACAAAGUGCUGACCUCGAUGGAUCAGUACCUGGAGCUGCUCAACAACAGCCUGCCUGGUGAGAACAUGUUACGACUGAAAACCAGGGGAGGUGUGGAGGAGAGUAGCAGGGGAGGGGUGGGCGUGAGGCACAUGUUACAACUGCUCACCCAAUUGUCAUAUAUAAUCCUUUAAAUGGGGAGGCUUCAUACGGUACUUAUUAUGAAAAGCUUAAUGUUAUUUGAUGUUCUAAAGAGCUUGAGGCUGUAGGUGUGAUCAUGUGUUUCUCAAUUUCGCAGUGUUACUUUAAACUACUAGUGUUCAAAUACCAUAUAAAACACAGGAAAAUCUGCUUUUUGACUAUACUGGGCCUUUAAGUUGUUUUCAGUGUGAGUGUAUGAUUCCAAAACCAUGCAGAGAGGGCGACGUGGCCACCCACUGAUACAGGAAUAUGUGUGUGUGUGUUUCAGGUGUAAAGGCUAAAGUGGGCAACUCUCCGUUCCUGAAGUGCGCCACCGAGUUCCCUCUGAUCCUGUGGCACCCGUAUGCCCACCACUACUACUUCUGUGUGGCGACGGCGAAAGAACAGCAGAAGUGGCAUGCAGUCUUUCAGGACUGUGUGAGACAUACCAAUGAUGGUGAGUAA